UAAAUGGUCGAUUUUCCUGUUUGCUGUUCUCCAUUCGUCGCGAGUGUGUUAAUUUUGUUAGAACUUGCGCUCUGUUCUAAUUCUUAUUAUUUCUUAAUAUUAGUUAAUAUUAUUUUAUACUCAAGUAUUUGAAGUUUUGCCUUUAUUGUUACAUUUUUCAUUAUUAUUGCAUAAAACGACUAAUGUGGUACUUUUGCGUUUAGACGGGAGCCAUCUUGCAAUCUCUAAUCAAAGGUCCUUGGCUCACAGUUUCGUUGUCUAGUGGAAAGUCGGUUUAAUCAAUCAUAAAAUAAUCAAAUGGCGUUAAAACGAAUUAAUAGGGAAUUACAAGACCUGGGCAGAGAUCCCCCAGCACAAUGUUCCGCAGGCCCACACGGAGAAGAUCUCUUUCACUGGCAAGCCACAAUAAUGGGUCCAGUCGACAGUCCCUAUCAAGGUGGUGUGUUUUUCCUGACUAUACAUUUCCCUACAGACUAUCCAUUCAAACCACCAAAAGUUGCAUUCACAACGCGUAUCUAUCAUCCCAAUAUAAACAGUAAUGGUUCUAUUUGUCUUGAUAUUUUGCGUGCACAGUGGUCUCCAGCACUUACCAUAUCCAAAGUGUUGCUCUCAAUCUGCUCACUCCUAUGCGAUCCAAACCCGGAUGAUCCCUUGGUGCCAGAAAUUGCUAGGAUCUACAAAACUGACAGAGAAAAGUACAAUGAAUUAGCCCGAGAGUGGACGCGGAAGUAUGCCAUGUGAUGAGUCAAAAGUGACAUCAGCAAAACAUAUACACACACAUCGCCACAGCCCGGGCUAUACCCUUCUCUCUGUUUCUGUUCCCCAAUCCCUUUUGGUCUAAAUCCUUAUUCAACUAAAUUACUGACAUUUGUGUUUUAAAUCAAUAAUAAGGUCUUUUAGAAUUGGUCUGUUAUAUUGUAUUGUACCUUUCAAUGCCAAUUAUUACAGCUAAGUAAAAAAAAUCGAUUCACAUGUGCAGAUAGUUUUUGUUCAUCUAAUGUGUAAGUAACAUUUUCUAUAAGAAGAAAUUGUUUUCCAUUUAACAUUGAUGUGUCGAAGAUGUCUUAUCGCGUACACUCUUUAGUUAAAUAUUAGUUAAAUUUAUACAUUAUUUGAAUUUGAAUUCAUGUAAUUCCUAAAGAAUUUGUACUUUAACUAGAUCUAAAUUGCAUUGUGAAACUGUACAAUAGCCAUAUGUUUAGGUAAUGGAGCGUUAAAUGCUUGACACUUGUCCUGUCCACUAAGUUUUGUCAAUGAAUUGUGUAUGUAUAGCUCACGUGUUACGAACAUUCUGGUUAAUGUAAGUAAAUGGGAAAACAAUAUGAGCUUGACGGAGUUGAAUGAGUGUUAAUUUUUGUAAACAAACUUUUUUUUUAUAAGUUAGUAAAUAAUUGUAGAGUGCUGAAUGGACUGACAGUGAUUACAGUGGUCAGUUUUCUUUCAUCCACAAUAUUUAAUGUUUGAAAACGCUCCGAUAGAUGCAAGAUUCAGUAUAAAAUUACAGUGUAUCUCAUAAGAUGAUAAGUUAAAUCUAGAUUUUUUCAAUACAGCAAUUUAUUAUAAUUUUAUCUAAUAUAUAUUGUGGUUGUAAGGAUACCUGCGUUGUGAUUUCCGCGAAAUAAAUCCUAUCCGCAACCCAUCCUCGUAUCCGUCGUUUUAUUAUUAUCAGUAUGGCGAUCAGACACCAUGGCACGAGUGGCAUGUGUUACUUUACAGCUAUUGAGGAAGCUUUUGUUCACUUGGUUAAACACGGGGAGAGAUAGUAAGUAACCUAAAGCUUUUUUCAAUCUGUAAUCAAUCGACAAGAUGUAUUUUAGCUUCACUAAAUUGUAAGAAACAAUAAAUUAUUGUGUAUGUAAAUAA